GGCAUCUCUGGCGGAUCCAUCAGCGAGAAGGCAACGCUGUCAAUUGAGGCAAACACGCCAACAUCAGCGACGCAAGUGGAGGAGAUUAAAGACAGCGAGCUGGAAGACGGCGAAGAUGGUGACAACCACAGCGUCGAGCCUACGCCCUCCUGA